AUCUCCUUAAAGUACACCUUGCCUAUUGCAGUGCGCCAGUACUACUAUGACUAUCAGUCACCUCACCUCACCUCCUCACUGAUCACUCUGAAAAAAAAUCCAGGGCAAUAAAAAACCCUUGUUUGGUUCUUCAUUUCUAGAUCUAAAAUUCUUAAACCAACUACAAUUAUCAAACCCUUUUCAAGAUCACUGGAGUGGAACACUUCUUCCUCAUAAUCACAGUAAGUUUCCCUCUUUGUGCUUCUUGAUUUUUUAGCUAUUGUGAUGUAGCUGCUGAGUGUUAGUCAGUUUUAGGCAAAAUUUUACACAAAAUGGAGAGUAGUACUAAGAUCAAGUUGGAAAAAAUCAAGAUAGAAAAGAGUGGUACAAAGAAAAACAUGAGAAAGAUUGAAAGAGAAAAGUAUGAAAUCAAGAUUGAAGUACUUAAUGAUCUAGUAAUGAAACAAGAGAGUGAGACAGAGUACAUAGAUCAGCUUAGAAGAGAGAUUCGAUGUUUGAUGCGAGCUAAUACAAAUGCUGAGUCUGGAACUAAGAUAUGGAAAAAGAAAUAUAGAGACAUGGAAUUAGAAAGCAAAGUUAAGAUGUUGAGAGAAGCAGUCAAUUAUGAGAAAGAACUAGAAGCUUUUAGAUUGAGAAAUGGUGAGUUGUCGGCAUUAGUUGAAGAGAAGAGAAUGGAAUGUGUUGGUCUUGAGGAGAAAUUGAAUGGGUUAAGCUCGAUGAAAGAUGUCGUGGAUAACGAAUUGAAAGGUGUUCAAAUCGAGUGUAGCGAGCUUAAGAAGCUGGUUACUGAAUUAGAAGAUGGACAUAGGGUUAUGUGUGAAAGGGAGAAGAAGCAGCAAGAACAGAUUUUGUACUUGUCAAAUGUGAAAGACAAGUGUGAGCAACUGGAGAGAAAGAAUAGGGAAUUGGAGCUUGAGAAGAAUAGACUAGAGGAGGAGCUUAAAAAGAAAAAUGGGGAAUUGGAUGAGGAGAAGAGAAGGAAGUGUGUUGGACUUGAGGAGACAUUAAAUGAAUUGAGCUUGAUGAAAGAUGUCGCCGAGAGGAAGAAUGUGGAAUUGGAGCUUGAGAAGAAUAAAAUAGAGAAGGAACUUAAUGAUACAUUGCAAUGUGCAAUGCCCUGAGAGAUCAAAACUCUCUUAUCUGUGAAAGAGAGAAGGUGGCACUAAACAAAAUCACUGAUUUGUAUGAGGAAAUAUGGAACUUGAGAAGGGAAAAGAGGGAUCUGUUUGGGACAGACAGUGCGAAUUCGGAUUCUUCAGAAAAAGAUGUUUCUGACAGUGAUGAAGAGAACAACAGUAGAAAUGAAAUAGAGGAAAUUCAGACUGGAAUUGGAAAUGAAAGAGAAGAAAUCAUGAGUGAGCCUAGAAGCAGAAGUGCAGAAAUCAUGAACGAAACUAGAGAGAAAAAUAAAGAAUCUACGAGUGAUAGAAGCAGCAAAAGUGAAGAAAUUCAGCACGAAGCUUCAGUCGACUUAGAUGAUGAAGCUUUACCAGAUGUUGGAGGUGAUUAUAGUAUCCCUAUAGACAUUGAAUCUGAUAGUCUCAUCGCAAUUAGUGACAGUGAAGAUAGUUCGGGAAGUGACGACGAUUCGCCACCUGAUAAUAGACUUGAGAGGCAUUUACCAGGUCCAAUAUGUGACACGCAUCUGAUUAGUUGCAAGAAGGAAUGGCCAGUUGGUUCAACACCCAAGCGAAAGUGGGCUGAAGAAACAGGAACGAGUGAAAUUAAGACUGAGGAUGAAUAUAAAAUGAAAUAACUUGGUGCAGGAAAAAAUGUACUUCUUGAACGCUUCUCUAUGGAGAUGCAGAAUCCUAGUGUAUCUCCACAAAGUCAAAAUAUUGAAGAAAAUAACUAAGCAAGAUUCUAAGGGUUGUAGUACGACGUGUCGCUUUUUCUCGUUCGAUGAAUUCAGGUGACGCUUUCACUGUUUCUGAAGUAGCUUCACCAGUAGUUGCACCCUGAGUUGGGGAAGCUACCACACCAUCUCCAAUGCGCUGAGUUUCUUUUUGUCUAGCCUGCAGUUCAUUUUGGUUUCAGUUAAAAGUGGAAAAAUACAAAAAUCGGGCAAGUUUCUCAUGGAUGGGAAUUAAGCAGGGGACCUGGAUAACUACUCAGAUCAGUUUAUUCAACACAUAUUAAGCUACUAAAGAUCCUUUUUGUUCUUCUACUGACCGACUACAGAAAUAGUUGACUGAGGUUGAGACUCUCUUUUAACAAUGCUUUGGUUAGGUUGUAGCUUUCAUGUAGGUUAUGUAAAUGAACGGAUCGAUGUGACUGU